AUGGAUAUUCUCUAUGUUGAUCAAUCUGCAAGAACAUUCUUCUAUUUACUUCUUCGACCAGACUAUCUCAUUCCAAGUAUUUGUGUACUUUUAAUGGGACUUCUUGGAUGGGAUAUGAUGCAGAGUUGGCGCGAGCUUGAUCACCAUGGUAUAAUCUGGUUUUGUACAGGCCUCGAAUAUCUACCAAACUGGAAUCCAGGCAAAAUAUCAGAUGACAGAAUGCCUCCGCCUUCGACAUUGUUUGACAAAAAAUCAAUUGGAACUCUCAAUACGGACUACAGUCAUGUUUUUAAUACAGCUAACAAAAGAUUACAUAAGACAGAUAUGGUGACGAUUAAUCGACAGGUGUCUUCACUCUCAAUAGAAAGUUCUGAUAACAAUGAACGUGAUUAUCAAGCUGAUAAAAAUGCUUCACCAGAAGUAAUGGUGACAAGUGUCAACAUCAAAGAAGAAUUCCAGUCACUCUUGUAA